AUGCUGGAACAAUCAGACAAGUUAGAAGUCACCCAAUACAGCAUAGCUGGCGGAAACUGGAACUCCCAAUACCAAAUCCUGUCCGACAACACACCAAUUUACCAUGUCGAAAACACAAGUCCAUCAUCCGACAAACCAGAACUAACAUUCUACACCGGAAAUUCCACCAAGGGACCAGUCGCGGGAAACGGGAAAUACAUUCGUUUCUCAUCAGAUGUCAAAAUCAACCUGGGCGAUCCAGACAAUGCCGACACAAUACGCACUACCUUAAGCAAGAAAGGUUUCCUCUCGCCCCGACAUUCAUUCUCAAUGGAUCUCCAUGGUGAAAACCGGACUUUCACGUGGAAGAAUACUGAGUCUCAUGAGAGUUUUGGUCCCACGGGGAGUUAUAAAAUGGUUGAUGAGGGGAAUCAGGUUGUGGCUGUUCUUUGUCCUGGGGGUGGUCGUGUGCAAAAGGAUGGUUAUGUGAAUGUUUAUGUAUUUUGGGGUGAGGGUUUUGAUUUAAUGGUUCUUGUUACUGCGCUUGUUCUUCGGGAGAAGACGAGACGGGAGAAGGGGGAGACUACGUAUCUUGGUGCUGGGGUGUCGCCUGCCGGGGGGUCGCCUGCUCCUGGGUUUUGA